AUGGAGAAAAUUCAGUUCUUUCAGUGCCCCCGUUGCACAUUUUUUGAUAAAAAAUUGACUGUGAUCGUUAGUCAUCUCGGGGUCGUGCACAGUGGAGAGCACAACUUCCUUGUCACAUGUGCUGUGGACAGUUGUGGAAAGUCAUACAGGCACGUCGAGUCGUACAGAAAACAUCUAUACCGGAAGCACAAGGAUGCCAUUUCGCCACCUGAACCUCCGCAACUAGAAAGCCCCAUGGAGUGUGAAAGUGCACAGGAUGACCCAGUUCUCCCAGAUGAAAGUGCGCAGGACGACCCAGUUCUCCCAGAUGAAAGUGCGCAGGAUGACCCAGUUCUCCCAGGUGGAAGUCGUGACAAUCCACCAACCACCAGCACCACCAAGCCUCAGACAUUUGAAGAGUUUCUUUCCACCAUGAGUAAGACUGUCUGCAUGUGUUUCUUUAAGUUGACAGAAGAGCACAAGGUGCCUCACAGUGCAGCAGACUUGGUGUUUGCAGACAUGCGGUUCAUGCUUCAGGUUGUAUUAGAACAAUUUGCUGGACAGGUUAAACAGGCCUUGCCAUUCAGUUACGACGCACUGCCCAGAGAACUAGCAACUCUACUUGAUUGCACCUUUGUUGAACAGAUUUUCAGCUGUGUCAGGUCAAAGCAUGCACGAGAGCAGUUCGCAAGAAACAUGUUUCCCUUUGUGAGUCCAGAUGAAGUGAAAGUCGGAGAUGAAGGUGACACAUUUCAAUAUGUAUCGAUUGGAAAAGUGCUUACAAAUAUCCUCCAGUUGAAGGCAGCUCCAGAACUCUUAAUUGAUGAGCAUGUCCCCACUUUGACAGACGAUGGGUACAAGACCUAUAAAGACUUCAGGGAUGGAUCCGUGUAUGAGAGGUUACGAGAUGUUGUGACAGACGCAUCUGUAAUGACGCUCUUUGUGCUACUGUACAUGGACGAGGUGGAAAUUGCCAACCCCCUCGGGGCCAAACGUGGAGUCCACAAGCUGACAACAGUGUAUUUCACACUGCUAAACAUCCACCCACGGUACAGAUCAAGGCUCAGGUCUGUCUACUUAGUCAUUCUAGCAAAAUUUAAGGAUGUCGAAAAACAUGGGCUUAGCGCCAUCCUGAAACCACUACUUGAUGAUUUGGAAGAACUCAGCAGCACUGGCCUCACUGCAGCUAUAAAUGGUGUUCCACAAAAUGUGAAGGUCAUUGUGAUGGCAGUGUGUGGCGACAAUCUCUCCCAACAUAAGUUAGGAGGGUUUUCGGCGUGUUUUUCGCAAGGGUGUGUAUGCCGCUACUGCAUGGUGACAAGUCGCGACCUUCGUACCGUGACAAGUGAAGAGCACUGCCAAAUAAGGACAAGAGAUAGCCACAACAGCCACUUAGCUGCAGUUAAGAUAAACCCUCAGGUCAAUUGCAAGCUGUAUGGUGUUGUCGGCCCAUCCCCAAUAUCACAGUUGACCUAUUUUGAUGUCACGAUGCAAAUGGCCCCUGACGUCAUGCACGAUCUUUUUGAAGGUGCGCUUGCAUUCAUCAUUAAGCAUGUCACAAAAGGUCUAAUGGACGAAGGCACACUGAGCCUGGAGGAUCUGAAGAGAGUGGAGACUUUUCCUUACGGGUUCAAUGACAGGAAAAACCGUCCAGAACCACUGACAGCUGCAUUUAUUCAGGGAGGAGCAAGCCUCAAAGGUACGGCCUCUCAAAAACGGUGCCUGUUCAGACUCUAUCCCCUGAUAUUCGGAACAUCCAUUCCGGAAGGAAACAGACACUGGAAUGUGCUCCUCCAGCUGCACGGCAUUGUUGAUUUGGUGCUCUCUGAAGAGAUUCCCGAGGACUGGCUUGCAUACCUCGAAGUUCUAGUGGAAGACUUCAUCCAAGCAUUCACAGAGAUGUACCCUGAGGCAAGGAUCCUCCCAAAAAUCCACUACAUUGUGCACUACGCAAGGAUGACAGCUGCCCUUGGACCUUUGCGCCAAUACUGGUGCCUUCGCUUUGAAGCUAAGCAUCAGUAUUUUAAAGCCAUGGCUUCAAAGGUAAAAAAUUUCAGAAACAUCUGCAAGACGCUUGCAUCACGGCACCAGUUGCUGCAGAGCUUUGAAAUGAAUUCCCUUGAAGCAAAAUCAAGUCCAAGAAUGCUGCGUGCAAGAGAGGUCAACAGAGAUAAUUUGCCAGCUGCUGCUCAAAGCUUGAAGCACAAAGUGAGCCUCUUGGAAGCGAAAAGUGUUUCUCUAGAUGCAGGAGAUUACAAAGAAGACGACAUUCUCGUGGUAGUGAAAGGAGAGCUCCCCACAUUUGCACAGAUCCGCAACAUUUAUGUGUCUCAUAAUGAUGUGUUUUUGUUACUUGAAAUGCUUGCAACCGACUGCUUUCAGCAACAUGUGCGUGCCUACAAGGUGGCCCAUACAGGACUGCUUCAACUCUCAGAAUGUGGUCCCGAACUCGAGGUAUCACAUCAGCACCUCGACUUGUACAGUGAUGGACUUGUAUGUUGUCGUCAUGACAUCUUGUCAUGA